CUGUGUUACUUGUGUAUGUUGACGAGGUGGCCGCCGUUUAUUUUGUUACAUAGAGAUGAGUUCGUGGAAACACUGUCAAAAAUACCAAUUUUCAAGUCACAAUUCAAGAAAGAAGCUGAUGCUCUCGAUGAAGAAGAUAAAGAAAAUGUUAGGCCAGCACCGGCAGCGACUAAGUAUACAGCUGAAAUUCCAUGUUUUCGACCACCCGAUCCGAAUUCUGCUACCCUGUUUGACCCCAACCUUCUUGCUGCAUUUGAACAAGCUCUUGAACAACAUAAAAGAGCUGAAGAAGAAGAGUUUUUAUUCGGGUUUGAAGAGAAGUGUCCGCCAGGAGGCAGUGAGUGUGUGAUUCUCUACACAACGACAAUUCGAGGAGUCCGAAAAACAUUCGAGGAAUGCAGAACUAUUCGGUUCGUUUUAGAGAGUUUCGGGGUACGAUUCUACGAGAGAGAUGUGUGGAUGCACAGCGAGUAUAAAGACGAGUUACGGAACGUUUUAGGAGGGGAUAAUAAUGGGACGGUGCCUCCUCCUCCGAGGCUUUUCGUAAAAGGAAGAGACAUUGGAGGAGCAGAGGAGGUUCUGAGAUUACAUGAGCAAGGGAAAUUGAAGCUGCUCUUCCAUGGGAUUCCUUCAAUGCCACCAUCUUGCCAAGGCUGUGCUGGUUUUAAGUUUUUGGUUUGUUUUCAGUGUAAUGGGAGCCGUAGAGUGAUUCAAGAGGAUGGGUUGUCAACUGUUUGCCAACAUUGUAAUGAGAAUGGUUUAGUUAUCUGUCCCUUUUGUUCUUGAACAUUAUUCAUAUUUGGUUUCAAUUCUUUUUGUAAAUCCUUAUUCCAGAUUAUAACUAAAUUACGACAUAGCAUAA